CGGUCCCACUGGACGCAUCACUUUUUCGGUAGCAAAAACUUGUAGAAAAUUGUCAAUUCAAUACGCUGGUAGUUGUAUAUCCAUGUGAAGCAGAGAUAAGCUCCGCCAACUCUACCCGUCGCCCACGCCACGUCGCACAGUCGCGCCCUGCCACAAAUAUCGAAAGCAGGCCCCACAGACCGCAAGCAUAACCCAAAAUGAGCUCCUCGAAUGCGGGACAGCGCACGAAGCUAAUUCAGGAGAAGUGCCAGACCCUCCUGACGCAGAUGCUCCGCGACGAGGACAACAAGUACUGCGUGGACUGCGAUGCCAAGGGUCCGCGCUGGGCCUCCUGGAACCUGGGCAUGUUCCUCUGCAUCCGCUGCGCCGGCAUCCAUCGCAACCUGGGCGUGCACAUAUCGCGCGUCAAGUCCGUCAACCUGGACACUUGGACGCCGGAGCAGGUGAUCUCGCUGCAGCAGAUGGGCAACUCGCGGGCUCGCGCCGUCUACGAGGCGCAGCUGCCGGACGGCUUCCGUCGCCCGCAGACGGACACAGCGCUGGAGAACUUCAUCCGGGCCAAGUACGAGCACAAGAAGUACUUGGCACGCGAGUGGGUGCCUCCCUCGCCGCCGAAAGUGGACUGGGCCAAGGAGAUCGACGAGGAGCUAGAGCGCCAGAAGCGCAAGAAGAAGAGCACGCAGGCACAGGCCACUUUGGGCCUGGUUGGAGUGGCCGGUGGCAGCGGCGACAAGCGCCUGUCCGGGUCAUCUGCGUCGGCGCUCAAGAACACCCCCCUGCCCGCACCGCUGCCAAAGCCGAAACCCAACCAGGUCGGCGGCUGCAGCCCAAAGACGACCCAGCGCAUCCAACUGAACAACUGCGGCGCCAGCAGUGCCGGCGAAAGCGACCUCUUGGGCCUGUCUUCGCCCACCAAGUCCAUUGUCGCGACCAGUGCCAGCCAAGACCUGCAAAACGAAAGUUUCACCAGCUUUCUCAGCGCCGAAUCGAUUGCCGGACAGCCGGAUAAGCCGAACGGCAGCAACGGCGACGCCGCCAAUUUGAUGGGCUCGAAGCCGAACUCGCUGGCACAAGAGGAGCAGGACUUCUUCAACCAGGGCUCACUGGGCGCCGGCGGCAGCGAGAAGGAUCAGUCCGGCAAGAUGUCCAAGGACAGCAUUCUGGCGCUGUACGGCAGUGCGCCAGCCACCCACAACCCCCAGAUGAACUUUGGCGGUUUCACGGGCAUGGCCCCAGGUGGCUAUAUGCACCAGCAGCAGCAGAUCCCCCACCAGUUCAUGACACCGCCGAACUCGGUGAGCAUGUACAAUUCGCCAGUUAUGGCUGCGCCUAAUGCGUUCAGCAAUGCUGCCAUCAGCAGUGCCACUGCGAUGAGCAUGGGCGGCUCCCAUGGCUUCACCGGAGCCCAGUUUCCAAGCACCGGGGGCAGUCCCUAUGCUGCCGCAGGCCAGGCAGUUGCAACGAAUCUUAUGCAAACAAACCAGAGCAUCCUCAGUGGGAUGCCGCUCUUUGGAGCUGUUCCACAACAGCAGCAACAGCAUCAGCAACAUCAGCAGCAGCAGCAGCUUCAGCAGCAACAUCACCCACAGCUUGGCGGCCUCUCCAUGAACUUAAUGCAGCCCCUGCCCAGUGGGCUGAACAUUGGCCAACCGCCACAAGGAGCGGGCGGAUUCGCCGCCACGGGACCCACCACCUCUUCAGUACCGUCAAAUCUGAACCAGCAGUUUGGGAAUCUUAAUAUUGGUAAUGUGUGGCAAUAAAUACGCAGUGUAUUUAUGUAGUUGUAUUCCUUUAAUUAAUUGUAAGACACGAGUGUUCGGUUCGUCUCGGUGUUGCAACAUGUGUGUGUGAGACGACGAUGCUUGUUUAUAUACAUUCGAUUUAUACAACUUGCCAAUUUAGUUAGUUGUCCUAUUCGUGUUCGUAGCUGAAUUCAUUGUCGAGCAAGCCACUGUAUUAAACGAUGUUCAUGUCCAUCUCCAUGUCCACCAGGAAUCGCGUCUGCUCGUCCAAAUCUAUUCCAAUUAAACCAUAAAACGUACGUACAUACGCGUGUAACACCCAACUACUUAAAAUUGAAAAUUCCACAGAACGUAAUGCACUUCCCAAUCAAAUGUACAUGUUAUUUUUCAACAUUAGCUAGGUAUUUGAUAUGCAUGCAUUCAAAAUCGUCCACGCCAGGAUAUCUAGAUCUAGACUUCUGGCACAGUACUUUUAAAAUGCUUGAUAUCCCUAAGAACUUAUUCACGCCUGUUUGUCAAUGUGAAUCUAAAAUAUCAUGGCGGGUUGUCAACGGAUUUAUUGUAUUCGAUUCUUAAGUUGCUAUGUCUAAGGAACAAAUCAAACCACUUCGAACUGUGUAAUAAUAAAAUAUUCAGACAAUUGUA